GCGGCCUCCCCCUUUCUCUGGCCGCUCGCGCAGCUGCUCGGCACUCGCUAUAUAAAGGGCGAAACAAGCGGAGCAGACGGCUGGCGGCUGCAGCCCAAGGGCCGCCGUGUGAGGCCGGGCCGCGGGGGACAGGGAGGGUGGCUUCUUCGGCGCGGGCGGGUUAGCCGGGCUGAGGAGGACGCCCCUGAGGCAAGACAGGGCGGAGGAGGCGGACAACAGCGGCGGCGGCAGCAGCGGGAAGGGGGCCCUAGCUCGCCUCAGCUUGCUCUUGUCCGGAGGGGGGUGUCGGGGGCGCCUCAGCCGCCCAGCCUCGGGGUGUGUGUCCUGCCCGGGGGUGGUGCGGGACAUGGCGAGCUCGACUAACACAAACCCCGUGCCUAAAUUGUAUAGGUCUGUGAUUGAAGAUGUCAUUAAUGAUGUCCGAGAAGUCUUUCUUGAUGCAAGUGUGGAUGAACAAGUUCUUGUGGAACUAAAAACACUAUGGGAAAACAAAUUGCUCCAGUCCAAAGCUGUCGAUGGAUUUCAUUCAGAGGAACAGCAACUUUUAUUGCAAGUGCAGCAGCAGCAGCAACAGCAGCAGCAUUCCCAUCAUCACCACCCGCAGCCACAUCAAACAGUUCAGCAACAGUCCCAGACCCAGCAAGUCCUUAUUCCUGCACCACAGCAAACACCUCAGCCUCAAGUUAUUAUGCCAGAUUCCAAACUGAUACAACACAUGAAUGCAUCAACCAUGAGCGCUGCUGCUACAGCAGCUACCUUGGCUUUGCCUGCUGGGGUUACUCCUGUUCAGCAGAUAAUCACAAAUUCAGGCCAACUCUUACAGGUGGUUAGAACUGCCAGCGGUGCUCAAUACAUUAUUCAGCCUCAGCAGCAAGUAGUUCUACAGCAGCAGGUUAUACCACAAAUGCAACCUGGUGGAGUUCAGUCUCCUGUUAUUCAACAAGUUUUGGCCCCAAUUCCCGGAGGGAUCUCUCAACAGACAGGAGUGAUUAUUCAACCUCCGCAGAUCUUAUUUGCAGGAAACAAAGCCCAAGUAAUACCUACAACAGUGGCGGCACCUACACCAGCACAAGCACAGAUUUCUGCAGCUGGUCAGCAACAACCUCAGCAACAACCAGCACAACCACAGGCACCUUUAAUGCUGCAAGUAGACGGAGUGGAUGAUACAUCAUCUGAAGAUGAAGUAGAGAAAGAAGAAUAUGAGCCAGCACAAUCACAGGCACUUUUAGUGCUGCAGGUAGAUGGAACAGGUGAUACAUCAUCCGAGGAGGAGGAGGAGGAGGAGGAGGAUUAUGAUGAUGAUGAAGAGGAGCUCAAGGAAAAGGAUGGAGGUGAAGAUGGCCAGGUUGAGGAGGAACCUCUCAAUAGUGAAGAUGAUGUUAGUGAUGAAGAAGGACAGGAAUUAUUUGACACUGAGAAUGUUGUAGUGUGCCAGUAUGACAAGAUACAUAGAAGUAAGAAUAAGUGGAAGUUUCACCUCAAAGAUGGAAUCAUGAAUCUUAAUGGCAGAGAUUAUGUAUUUUCCAAAGCCAUUGGAGAUGCUGAAUGGUGAAUACAGAAAAUAAACUCAAAGCUAAAGCAAGAAAGGUUGAGACUUGGACAGUACACUUCAACAGAAAUCUCUAUCUGCAGACCGUAAAGAAACAAUAGAACUGAGGCUACUAGGACAGAGGAAUAGCAUGGCAAUGUUGACACUACUUCAAAUGGGAAAAUUGAGGCAUUGGUGCAGCUAGCUCUGUCUGACAGCUGGUUUUAUAUGAAUACCUUAAUUAACCACUUCUACCUAUAGAUAAAGGUAACUAGCAUGUGAUGCUUAAUCUCCCCUUCCACUGAUUUGAAGGAACUCUUCCUUUUGGUAACAGUACUAUGGAAAAGGCUUAGUGUGUUUUUGUGCAUAAAUUGUGCUGAAACGCUCCCUUGGGGAGUGGGAUUGGUGAGAAUCUUGCCCAAAAUUGUAUGCAGGUUUUUAGCCAAUUGGUGAGGACCGAGGUGUUGGGUUCUAAUUACCUACUUUGAGUAAACUAUUUUUAAAUUUCUUGUGCUGGGCCAUGUAUAAUUUUAUUGAUAGUUUUAGGCCUUUUAUAUAAAUUUUGAUCCUGGUACCAAAAGAUCUCAUUUGUAUUUUAAAUUUAAUAACGCUGAACAUUUUAUUUAAAAGGACGUUGUGCUUUAAAGUAGCCUAUGGAUGGAAGUCAUGAGAAUCUCCGUCUCCCUUUGCUCUCUUAAAAAAGAUUCUUAAAUAUUCUUAAAGAUUGAGCAAGUUAGUAAUUUGUUUGCUGAAUUGCUAAUUAGAAAUCUUUUAAAAAUAAUUUCACUGGUGAACUUAAUGUGUAUUCCCAAGGCCAAGUGAAUGUGCACUGCAAGUGAUGAGAGCAGAAGUUAUAGGUGACUAUGCACUUUGGAAAGGGGUCUGAAGCAUUGAAAGAGCUUCCAUUUCUCAAAUCAUAAUUGGAGAAAAGAAUCACACUUAUUCUAAUGAUUAAGUAAUAAUUUAACUUAAUAUCAAAGGAUUGUUGAAGAUAAAUUUCUCAGUUGUAGCAAUAGUCUUUGGGAAUCAGGUUUUCAGCAAUGCAGGCCUUCAUAAUGAGGAGCAAAGGGACUGAACAUCAGCUAUAUUAAGGAAGCCACACACUUCCAAAUGGCUCGUCUUACAAGAUUUAUAGUACACAUGAAAAGCAAUGGGG